AUGACAAUUGGAGCACCUCUGCCUCAUUCUCUCCCAUCACGAUUUAAGAUUAAGCAUAUAUUUCACAACGCCGCAGACGGAAAACUACACAGACGGUUGGAUAUCAACGAUGAAUUUGUUGACCUUUACAGAUCCGAGAUGUCUGACUUUGCAUCUAUAGAGGAAAUCGACCUUUUUGAGUCAUCUCCUUUUGAGCAAGAGUUUACGAUAAGACAUCAACCUGGUCAAACGAUCCGUCUCGCUGACAGAUCACCAGAUUUUGUUGAAUCUUACUUGAGUUUUGCUCUUGAGAACCCCAAGGCUGCAGAUACCAUUGAAUUUGAUUGGAAACAGGAAGCAUUGUUAAUUCCUAACAUGUCGGACACAGAGACCAUCGUCAGCUUGGCUUUAAUGUGCUCAGAUGCAUAUGUCAGGCUUCCAACUGAUGCAGAUUGGAAUGAUGUUGGGGAAAGGUAUAACGAAUCUGAGCGUUUCGGAUGGGAAGAGGGUGGCGUAAGGGGCCAUGUUUUCUCAGAUCCAGAGGAAAAGAUUGUUAUCAUCUCUGUGAAAGGCACGUCUGCUGCGGGUCUCAAUACAGGCGGAGACGGCGAGACAGUGGAGCAGGACAAGAUCAAUGACAACUUAUUAUUCUCCUGCUGUUGUGCAAGAGUAUCAUCAUUAUGGAAAACAGUGUGUGAUUGCUACGAAGAGCCUUACACCUGCAACCAAAAUUGUCUUGAGCAUGAAGUUAGAAGACAAGACAGAUAUUACGAAGCCGCAUUACAAAUUUAUCGUAAUGUUUCACAUAUGUACCCAGAGUCGGAGAUUUGGGUCACUGGUCACUCUCUUGGUGGAUCUCUAAGCUCAUUGAUGGGUCGUACAUUUGGGUUGCCAGUUGUUUCAUUUGAGGCUGUGGGAGAACUACUUCCAACGCGGAGACUACAUCUACCUAUGCCUCCUGGACUUCCUGAAGAGAUGGAAAACAUUUGGCAUGUUGGAAAUACAGCAGAUCCAAUCUUCAUGGGGGUUUGCAAUGGCGCGUCAUCAAGUUGCUCAUUGGCAGGUUAUGCCUUGGAAACACAAUGUCAUUCUGGAAAGAAGUGUGUUUACGACGUGGUUACUGAUUUAGGAUGGCACGUUAGCUUGCUGAACCACAGGAUCAGGACCAUCAUCACUGAUAUUUUGCUUGCAUACAACGAAACAGCUCAAUGUGUUAAGUCUCCACCAUGCUACGACUGCUACAAUUGGAAAUUUGUUGAUCAUUCUCGUGAUCGAUAUAGAACCACUACAAGCUCUCCAUCCCCGACUCCAUCAGACCCGCCUGGGCGUCGUUGUUUGAAGCGUACGUGGUACGGUCGUUGCUAUGAAUGGGAAGACGACGAUUCCUCCACGCUGAAAACAACAUUCACUACAAGCACUAUAUACAGCAAGACAAGCUCCAGGAGUUUGAGUACUACUACUAGCAUUGAGGGAGGAGAAAAAUGUCUGAGGCGAUCAUGGCUUGGGUAUUGUUUGGAAUAUGGACCAGGAGGUAAUUAG